UGGUGGCAUAGAAGUAUUCAAGGAAAACUUUUUCAGGCAACUUCAAAACACAUGUGCGCAUACUGUACAUUAGAGAUUACACACAAUCAUGAGUAUGAGCUUUCUCUUGGCCUCCACCUUGCUAGAAGUAAAAGUAUGGGACUUGGUCUCCUCUUGACUGGCAAUGCUUCUCCACCCGAACAAUUAUAUGGCUUUGAGCUCUCUUCAUUUGUUCCUUCCAGCCAUGCAGGAGUGAAUUGUGUGCAAUGGAGUCACGACAAUGUCAAAGUGAUUAGAUUCUACAAUAAAUCAAAGUGUGUAAUAUUUGGAGGGUCAAAUAAAAUCAGUCACAUAUGGGAUAGAACUGAAUCACAGUAUGAUGAGCCUUUGAAGGCAAGGCCAUCGGAGUGCAAUAACAGGCAUGAUCUCAACAUAGACAAGAUAUUGGUUGUUAGUGCAAGCGAUAUUGAAGAUAUAGUAGGAGUGAGUAAUUUAACAGUCAG